AUGAUAUUUGGAACACCAAAUUCUACAUUUCUAGAGAGUAAACUACAUAGUAGUCAAGGUAUGACAUUCAGCAGUAUGGCAAGUGGCAGUGGUAGUGGUGGUUUAUUGCAUAGUUCGUCAGGUUCAAGUAUCACCGAGGAAGUUAGUUUACCACCAAGCAAUACCGUAUUGUUUGAUAUUUCUUGGGAAGUUGCUAAAAAAGUUGGUGGUAUUUAUACAGUAUUAAAAUCAAAAGCACCUGUUACUGUCGAGGAAUAUAAAUCAAGAUAUGCAUUAAUUGGACCAUAUAAUUCAGAGACUGCUCCAACAGAGUUUGAACCAUUAGUACCUGGUCCUCUUUCAUCACCAAUCAUUGAAAACAUGAUGAAAAAGUAUGGUAUUCAAGUUCAUUUUGGAAAGUGGUUAGUAGAGGGUUAUCCAAAAGUAUUUUUAAUUGAUUUACCAAGUUCAUCACAUAAGUUAGGAGAGUGGAGAUGGGAUUUAAUGAGUGGUUUUGAACAACCUGGGGAUCAUGAAACCAAUGAAAGUAUAGUGUUUGGUUAUCAAUCAGCUCUAUUGUUAAAAGAAUUUGCAGAGGCUAAUCCAAAUGAUAAAUAUAUUGCUCAUUUCCACGAGUGGCAAGCAUCAGUUGGUUUAAUAUUAUUAAAAAAAUGGAAAAUACCUGUAUCAACAAUUUUUACAACUCAUGCAACAUUACUAGGCAGAUAUUUAGCAGCAGGCGGUGUAGAUCUUUACAAUCAAAUCCAAAACUUAAAUAUUGAUUAUGAAGCAUCAAAAAGAGGAAUUUAUCAUAGACAUUGGAUCGAAAAGAAAUCUGCAAAUGAUGCCCAUGUUUUCACAACUGUAUCAGAAAUUACAGCAUACGAGUCUGAAUCUAUUCUUUCAAGAAAAGCUGAUGUUAUCUUACCAAAUGGUUUAAAGUUAGAUAAAUUCACUGCAUUACACGAAUUCCAAAACUUACAUGCAAAAUAUAAAAAUGUUUUACAUGAAUUUGUAAGAGGUCAUUUUUAUGGUCAUUAUGACUUUGAUUUAGAUAAUACAUUAUAUGUUUUUACAGCUGGUAGAUCAGAAUAUUUUAAUAAAGGUGUGGAUAUGUUUUUAGAUGCAUUGGCUGGAUUAAAUAAACUUUUACAACAAAGUGGGUCGACAAUGACAAUUGUAGCUUUUAUUAUUAUGCCAUCAAAAACAAAUAACUUCAAUAUCGAUACAUUAAAGGGUCAAUCACAUAAUAGAGAUCUCAGAAGAACCUGUAAUUCAAUUGUAGAAUCAAUGGGAGAAAGAUUAUUUGAAGCUACUUCAAGAGGUAGAAUUAUUUCACCAGAAGAGUUAUUAACCCAAGAGGAUUUGGUAUUCUUAAAAAGAAGAAUUUUUGCAUUAAAACAAAGACCAUCCUUACCACCAAUUGUAACACAUAAUAUGAUGGAUGAUGUUAAUGAUCCAAUUUUAAACCAUUUAAGAAAAAUCAAGCUAUUCAAUUCCAAAGAAGAUCGUGUAAAAAUUAUUUAUCAUCCAGAGUUCUUAAACUCUACCAAUCCAUUAAUACCACUAGACUAUACCGAGUUUGUUAGAGGUUGCCAUUUGGGUAUUUUUGUAAGCUACUACGAGCCAUGGGGCUAUACACCAGCCGAAUGUACUGUAUUGGGUGUACCAUCAAUCACAAGUAAUUUAACUGGCUUUGCAAAUUAUAUGAGCAGAGGUCUUAAUGAACCAGAGUCAAAAGGUAUUUUUAUUGUAGAUCGUCGUUUCAAAUCACCAAAUGAAUCUGUUGAACAAGUUACCCAAUAUCUAUGGAAAUUCUGCCAAAUGGAUAGAAGACAAAGAAUUGAACUUAGAAAUCGUACUGAAAAACUAUCUGAACUUUUAGAUUGGAAAACUUUAGGUAAAUUUUAUAGAUCUGCUCGUUCAUUAGCAAUCGAAAGAGCUUUUCCUCCUUCAAAACCAAUUUCAAGAUCACCUUCACCUUCACCAACUUCGAAUACUUUAAAAAACUCUACCAGCAUUCAACAAUUACAGCAACAAUUAAAACAACAAGUAGAGCAACAACAAAAAGAACAGCAACAACAACAACAACAACAACAAACUAUCCCAAUUAAUAUAGGUAAAGGUGAAACAUCUCAACUUUCACCAAACACAAUGUCUUCACUAUUAAGCGAUUCUUUAAAUAUUUCAAACAAAAAGUCUUCAUCACUAAGUGGUGGUGCUAAAUUUGCUGAAUCAACAAUAAACCCAACACCAAAUAAUACACCUUCGAUAAUUACAACCUCGGUCGGUUCAUCCUCUAAACCACCACUCCCAACAACAACAACAGCGACAGUAUCAAAUACUCCAACAAAUACCCCAACAAUAGCUACUGUUUCAUCUGCUUCCGUUAACACAACUAAAAAUUCAUUUCAACCAUCUUCACAAAAAUCAUCAUCUGUAAACCCAAUUGAACAAUUAACAAAACUAAAUUCUCCAACCGAUAGGGAUUUUAAAAAUCCUCUUAAUGAAAGUGGUGAUGGAACUAGUCCAUCAAAAGCAAAAUCUAAAUCAAUACCAAUCCCAUCAAAUAAAUUUAAAUAA